AUGGAUAUGCUUGGUGACAUUGUGGAGAAAGAUAUAGUUUCACCAGCGGCCGUUAACUCGGCACCGACCUCAGGGUUCCCAGCUCUGUACGAGCCCGAAAAGAUAUCAUCAUGGAAAACAAGGCUCCAGUCGAAAAGACAGAACGCAAGACCUCGUAAUAGGACCGAAGCCGCCAAAGUCGUGUCUUCUAAAGCUACUCCCACACGUGAAAAUGGUGAGACAGAAGCUGAACGGAUUCAUAAUGAAAAUAUGGCUCGCAUCAGCCAGAUGUCUGCUUUGCAGCUAGAACAGGAGAGACGGGACAUUUUGGAGUCCUUGGAUCCAAAAGUAGUUCAGGGACUAAUGAAAAGACUGUCGAAACGAGAAACCAAAGAUUCUGGGCUGGACUCGUUAACAGCUUCAACGGCACCCCUUUUUGCCGAAGUUGAAGGUGCACCAGGGACUUGGAUCGGCGGCACACAUGAAAUUCGCGAUCUGCCGCGUUUGGACGACGAUGCAGUCAACAAAGCAUUGGGUGUUAAGCCUCAAGAGUCCAAACAUGUCGAGUUCGAGAAAGAAGAUGAUGAUGAUGAAGUAGCGGAAGAGAGUGCAGACGACUACCCAAAUCCUAUGCCUGAUGAUGACGACAUAGCUCCCCAGGAGUAUCAAUUUGUACAACAAAUGGACCAUAUGAAAAACGAAGAUCUAUUGAGUGACGUCCAUUUCAUGAGGCCCUCUAAGGAUAAAGUGCCAGAGUUUGAAUCCCUUGAUAUCAAUGAUCCGGAUUUCGAUUCCAAGCUUCACGAGAAGUAUUUUCCAGAUUUACCUAAGGAGGCCGACAAGCUGGCGUGGAUGAGACCUGUUUCUAAAAGUGCCAACUCAGAAGUUAUACACGAUGUAGCGCAGUGCAGAUUUGAUUUCAAAGGUAAUUUAGUGCCUCCUCUUAGAGAAAUUGAAAGUACUAGAGAAGGUCUACAUCACCAUGCAGAGAACCCAGACCUCGCAGGUUAUACCAUAGGAGAAUUGCAGCAUUUGUCGAGGUCUACCUUUCCAGCACAACGAUGCAUAGCGAUUCAAAUUCUGGGUAGAAUUCUCUACAAGCUCGGUAAACAGAGUUACGCCCAGCUGGUACCCGAGGUAGACGCUGAGACGUAUGCAGAGAUGGGAGGCACAACCAAGAUUGUGAACCACAUUUACGGUAUGUUUUGGGAUUUGUGCAAAUCCCACUUGGUCAUCGAAUCGCUGAUGGAAGCGGCGGAUGGGAGCAAGACUCAGAACCUCUCUGUACGCAACUACGCUAUAGAUGCCUUGUGGCUGUGGAAAGAAGGUGGUGGAGAUUGCACGCAAGACAAAGGCGCUACGGACUAA